AUGCAGGUCACCGGUGUCGACGCGUUCGGCCUGGUGAACAUGAUCGUGCAGGCAGCGCACACCGCACGCCGCAACAGGGAUCUGUGCCAGCAGCUGGCCCAGCACGUUCUGAUCGUCGCCGAUCUGCUCCGGAAGCUGGACAUCCCGGCGCUCAGGCAGCACCUGGAGACGCGGAGGCCGCUGGAGCUGCUGGACGCCUCUCUUUUCCGUGCGUACAAGCUCGUCAGGUCCUGCGCCCAGCGACAAGAGAACACAAGCCAGAUCUAUCAGAUGUUUACUGGCGCGGAGGUGGCCUCCAAGCUUCGGCUGGCGCAGGAGGAGAUCGACCGCUACAUCAACCUAAUCCCCAUGAUCACCCUUGUUGCCGCCGUCGGCGCCCGGCAGGUCACUUCGAGAUAA